AUGCCGACCGCAAAUGGCCUGACAAAUGGAACCGCCCGACAGCCAGACCUUCAUCUAGUCAUAGAUGAAGACGUCGUCUACGAACAAGACAUCCUCCGGGACCCCGGAAGUACGAAGCCGUGGCUCGCAUACAUCCAGUUCAAGUUGCAACAUGGCACCGUUGAGGAGCAGGCCUUCGUCCUCGAGAGGGCAUGCCUGCAGCUACCGAGAUCGUACAAGCUCUGGAAGAUUUACUUGCAAUUCCGGACGAAGCACAUCUCGAAGCUGAAUGCCGCCGUGUUCGCAUCCGAGUAUAAGAAAGUCAACGCCCUGUUCGAGCGGGCUCUCAUCCUGCUCAAUAAAAUGCCCAGAAUAUGGGAGAUAUACUUGAAGUUCUUACUGCUGCAGCCUCUCGUGACCGCGACGCGACGCACUUUCGACCGAGCACUCCGAGCCCUUCCCAUCACCCAACACAACAGGAUAUGGGCCUUGUACAGGCCGUUCGCCAACUCAGCCUCGGGCGAGACCGCAGUCAAGAUCUGGCGACGAUAUAUGCAGGUUCACCCCGAAGAUGCCGAAGACUUUAUCGAGCUUCUAGUCCAGGUCGGCUUAUACACCGAGGCUGUGAAGAAGUACAUGGACAUCCUGAACAAUCCGCGCUUCAACAGCAAACAGAGCAAGGGACACUACGAGCUCUGGGGCGAGAUGGUCGACUUGCUCGUAGACCAUGCCAACGACGUCGAGACCGGUCACGAGACUGGCAUCGACGUCGAGCGCAUCAUUAGGAGUGGCAUUGAACGGUUCGCCGACCAGAGGGGCAAGCUUUGGUGCGGGUUGGCUACGUACUGGGUCCGGAGGGGGAACUUUGAACGCGCCAGAGAUAUCUUCGAGGAGGGCAUUACGACGGUCAUGACCGUUCGCGACUUCACCCUCAUCUUCGAUACCUAUGUCGAGUUCGAGGAGUCUAUAAUUGGCGCGUUGAUGGAACUGGCAUCCAAACGAGCGGAGGAAGGACAGGUUGACGAGGAUGCCGACUUCGACCUGGACAUCCGUAUGAUGCGGUUCGAGCAGCUCAUGGAUCGACGGCCCUUCCUCCUCAACGACGUCCUACUGCGACAAAACCCUAACAGCGUAUCCGAAUGGGAGAAGCGUGUGGCGCUUUGGGGUGAGAAUAAAGCCGAGGUCGUGCAGACAUAUACAGACGCCAUCGCCGCCAUCCAGCCGAAAAAGGCAGUCGGGCCCUUUCAUCAGCUGUGGGCAAGCUAUGCCAAAUUCUACGAGAAGGGAGGCGAUAUACGCAACGCUAGAAUCAUCAUGGAAAAGGCUGUAAAGGUUCCGUUCAAGUCCGUUGCCGAGCUGGCCGAUAUGUGGAUCGAAUGGGCCGAGAUGGAACUCCGUAACGAAAAUUUCGACGAGGCCGUCAAGAUCAUGGCGAAAGCCGUCCAGGCUCCCAAGCGGUCGACCGUAGACUAUUUCGACGAGACGCUGUCGCCACAGCAGAGGGUCCAUAAGAGCUGGAAGCUGUGGAGUUUCUACGUCGACUUGGUGGAGAGCGUCAGCUCCCUCGAGGAGACGAAGAAGGUCUACGAACGGAUAUUCGAGCUUCGAAUCGCCACACCGCAGACCGUUGUCAAUUACGCCAACCUCCUGGAAGAACACCAGUACUACGAGGAGUCCUUCAAGAUCUACGAAAGGGGACUGGACCUCUUCAGCUACCCGGUCGCCUUCGAGUUGUGGAACCUCUACUUAACCAAAGCAGUUGACAGGAAGAUCAGCAUCGAGCGGUUACGGGACCUCUUCGAGCAGGCGGUUGAAGACUGCCCGCCUAAAUUCGCGAAGGUGCUGUAUCUCAUGUACGGGAACCUCGAAGAGGAAAGAGGACUGGCCAGACACGCCAUGCGUAUCUAUGAGAGGGCUACCCGUGCAGUCUCGGACGAAUUCCGGGCAGAUAUGUUCAACUUCUACAUCACCAAGUCGGCCUCGAACUUUGGCUUGCCAUCUACUAGGCCUAUUUACGAGAGGGCAAUCGCCACGCUCCCCGAUGAGGAAGCACGGGACAUGUGCCUCAAGUUUGCCGACAUGGAGAAGCGACUGGGCGAGAUAGAUCGGGCCCGUGCCAUCUAUGGCCACGCGUCCCAGUUCUGCGACCCGCGCACCAACCCCGCCUUCUGGACAAAAUGGGAGCAGUUCGAAGUCCAGCACGGCAACGAGGACACGUAUAAGGAAAUGCUCCGGAUCAAGCGCAGCGUGCAGGCGCAGUACAAUACCGACGUCAACUUCAUCGCCUCGCAGGCCAUCGCUCGCAGCCAGCAGGCACGGGGGGCGGAUGCGGGGGCGACAAACGGCGACAGCGAGGUGGCGGAUGCCAUGGAUCAGCUGGAGCGGCAAGCCCGCGCGCCGGUAGGGUUUGUGGCCUCGAGCACGGGGAUAUCAGGGACGAUAUCAAGCAAGGAGCAGCCUCCCCCGGCAGCAGCGAUAGUUAACCCAGACGCCAUCGACAUCGACGAGAUGGACGACGACUAA